UACCAGCCUCACAUAUAUUUAAAUCCGCUAAAUUUGGAAAGUGGGAUUAAAAAUGGCGAAAUUCUCGGUGGGAAGAGAAGAAGACGAUAACGAAGGACCCAGCAGUCCAAGGCCCAAGAAACGAAGAACAACAUGCUAUCAAUCCCAACGACAACAACGGGAAAACCUAACCCUAGACCAACAGGAACAAGAAGAAGAAGUGGAAUCCGAAUGUGAUGAACAAGGAGAAGAACAAGAUGAAGAAGAAGAAGAGAGAGAAUCUGAACAUGCUGAGGAAGAAGAAGAAGGUGAAGAGGAAGGCAAUGAGGAGGAAUCCGAUUGGGCUAACACGGGUUUCCAGUCGAUUGGCGAUCGGGGUUCGGCGGGACCCAGUGGAGAUGGGUCCAUUUGCGUAACCCUAACGGACCCAGAUGUGCUUGAUUGCCCCAUUUGCCUCGAACCCUUGAAUAGUCCUGUUUUUCAGUGUGAGAAUGGACAUAUCGCAUGCUCUUCUUGUUGUAUCAAGCUUGGAAACAAGUGUCCCUCCUGCUCUUGGCCAAUAGGCUAUAACCGUUGUAGGGCUAUUGAGAAGGUCAUCGAAUCGGUCAAAAUAUCAUGCAUAAACAUCAAGUAUGGGUGCAAUGAAUCAGUGAGUUACAACAAGAUUCAUGACCAUGAGAAGAUGUGUAUCUAUGGGCCAUGUUCCUGCCCACUUUCUGGAUGCAACUUUAUUGGAUCCUCCAAGGAUAUAUUCCUUCACUUUAGCAUCAACCAUUUGAAUUCAGCUAAGCGCUUUCAGUACAACUGCCUCUUCCCGUUAGAGUUGGGUGUGGGACAGAGGUACCUUAUUCUUCAAGAGCAAAAUGAUCGCACGACUUUUGUUCUCAAUCAUGGGGUUGAACUUCUGGGAAAUGUGGUAAAUGUUAUCUGUAUUGCGCCAAGCUCAACACAGAGAGGGUAUUCAUACGAUCUCAUAGCUAGAAAGGAGGACAGCUCCGUGAGGCUACAAUCUUUCACGGAGAGUAUACCUCGAUGGGAUGAACAUCUUCCUCUGAAGAUGUUCCUGCUAGUUCCAAGUGAUUUUCGUGGUUUUUCUGGGAAGCUUAAAUUGGAGCUCUGCAUACGGAGGCCUCAGGAUGCUCCUGCACCCAUCUUAAGAGGUAAUUGUGUUAUUUGAGGUAGUUGUAGGUGGUGUUGGUGUAAAACCGUUGUAUCUGACCAGUGAUUUGAGUUGGGUAUUAUCGAUUGUUGUUAUAAGAUGAUGAAACUUGCUUCUGUUACGUUGGCGGUGGACCAGUUUAUGCCAGAUCAUAUUUGAACUUUGUAUUGUCAAAAACUUCCAGUUAGGAAGUUCAGCUGCUCCAUCUUCUAA